AUUACACCGCUAUAAUCUUGCAAUAAUAACAAUUGGGGAAUCCUUUCCUUUCUAAUCUCUAUAGAUUGUUUGGGUAAGAAGUGAUUGAAAUUACCUAUUCUUUGCUUUUUAAGCCAUGACCAGGCAGAAAGUGAAGCUUGCCUACAUUACCAAUGAUUUUGCCAGGAAAGCCACAAACAAGAAAAGAAAGAAGGGUCUGAUGAAGAAGGUGAGUGAACUCAGUACUCUUUGUGGGAUAGAAGCUUGUGCAAUUAUCUACAGUCCUAAUGAGUCUCAACCGGAGGUUUGGCCAUCCCCUGUCGGAGUCCAGCGUGUGCUCUCGGAGUUCAAGAAGUUGCCUGAGAUGAAACAGAACAAGAACAUGGUGGACCAAGAGAGUUUCCUUAGGCAAAGGAUCGCAAAAGCCAAUGAACAGCUGCAGAAACAGUGCAAGAACAAUCGCGAAAAGGAGAUGAAACAACUCAUGCUCCAAAACCUUACAGGAAAAGGCUUGCACAAUUUGAACAUGAUGGAUUCAAAUGAACUCGGGUGGUUGAUUGAGCAAAACUUGAAGGAUAUUAACAAGAGGGUUGAUACACUUACUAAAGCGUCUCAUUCCCAAGGGUCCGCAGCAGCGUCAUCAGGGACAAUGGUAACACCAGAACCGAAGUCAAAGAGCGGAGAGAAAGUGCAGGCGGGGAGGUCAGAUCUCGAGGUUAACAUGGAUACAAUGCAGAGGCAACAGCGGAUUACAGACCUGAUGAACCCACAAGACCACCUGGGAUUUGGUGGCGAUGAGAUGAUGCCCCCAUUUGGGGAUAACAACCGCAAUGCUCUUUGGUCUAAUGCCUUUUUCCCUCGGGAAAAAUAG